GGGAGAGAGAGAGAAGAAAAACUAAAAACAGGAUGCCAACAACCAAGAAACACACAGAAAACGACAUUCUAAACUUCAUUCAACAACAAAUACUCCAUAAAAACAACAAAAUUUCCUGCCCCCCUCUCUUCUUUUUGGAUCUCACCAAAGCCUCCACAAGAGCAGCUGCUGCAUUACAAGUUGUCAUUCCUUCUAACACAACUUUGAGACAGCUGAGAAACAUUUGUCAACAAGUAUUAUGUCAUAGCAAAAGGGAAUGUUCUUUCAUUUCUGUAGCAAUGGAAGGCAGUACUGGAAAUUCCCUCUCCUGUAAGAAAACAUCGGAUCACAAUGAUGUAAACAAGAGUACAGCUGACAUUGCAACCUCCUCUGUAUUCGUCAAUCAUGCUGAAAUUGCUUGGCAGCUAAACAGAAGAAAAUGGAUUGGAGAUCAAAGUCAAAAGUUCAAAAGAAUGCCAAAGGAUCCAAUAAUCAGCUGGUCGACCACGUAUGAAGAUUUGCUAUGCAAUGAUGAGCCUUUUCCUGAGGCCAUUCCCUUAUCUGUAAGGAUCUCCAAUACACAUACCCACACACUACAUCCUUCAUGUAUUCGCUUCCCGUAUAUUUUGACAAGCAGAUCCUAUUUGUAGACACUGAUGUGAAGUUGAUCUUCGGAAUUUGCAGGAGAUGGUAGAUUUUUUAGUUGAUAUUUGGCAAGAUGAUGGACUUUAUGAUUAGAGAAUCAACAACACUACCUUUUUGUGCAGUUUGAUUUGCAGGCGGGAAUAAGUAGAUCGCGACGGUUAAAAUAAUGGAUACCCAUUUUUACCAUUAUGCCUACAGAUUCAGUUGAUACUCAAUUAUUUAGCCAAUUGUUUGAUUUCUCAAGGCUUUUGAAUUGCCUAAUAUGGCCUUCAGGGAUGCUCCUCUGUAUAACAGCCAGAGGAUAGGUGGUAAUCUGAUUGUUGUUGAUGUAGCUACUGUAGAAGUUUUGACAAAUAGGUAAUAGUUUGACACUCUAGCUAUUCUUGUACCAGAACAUUUGGUCUAUUUAGUCCACUAUUUUAGCAUAUUUACACCAGAUUUUUGUGGGAA